CCCAGCAUGAUGCCGUCACUUCCCGUACGCCGAAAGUCCUGAUUGAGCGCGAUCCGGGAAGUUUUCGCAGGUCUGUGUGGGAAGCCGGGGCCGCGUGUCCCGCUCUCCGCUCCAACAGCCCCCGUCCAGCCGCCAGCAUGAGGAGGACCAAGGCCGAGAUACACAAAUACAUCGAGGCCGCGCAGAGCAGCACGGCUUCCCCCAAAGAGAAAUCAUUGAAAGGAUUCCUUUUUGCAAAGCUUUACUAUGAAGCUAAAGAAUAUGACCAAGCUAAAAGAUGUGUCUCAUCUUACAUUAAUGUCCAGGAAAGGGAUCCUAAAGCUCAUAGGUUCCUUGGACAUCUUUUUGAAAUUGAUGGAGAAAUUGAGAAAGCUAUUGGCUGUUACAAGCGUUCCGUGGAGUUAAACCCCACCCAGAAAGAUCUGGUCCUAAAAAUUGCAGAGAUGAUGUGCUCAAUCAGCCUCACCAAUGGCCGGGCAGAAUACUGGGUGGAAAGAGCAUCCAAGCUGUUUCCUGGAAGUCCUGAUAUUUUUAGACUCAAAGAGCAACUGCUUAACUCCCAAGGGGAAGUUGGCUGGAAUCAGUUGUUUGAUUUGAUACAGUCAGAACUGUAUACUCGACCUGAUGAUGUCUAUGUAAACAUCAGGCUUGUUGAACUAUUUACAUCAAACAAUAGAUUUGAAGAAGCCGUCUCCCACUGUCUUAAACCAGAAAGGAGAAUGUUGCGCACUAAUUUGGAAUGGUGCUCCUGUGUCCUGACCUUACUAAAGGAGUAUCUAGCAUCUCGCCAAGAGUCUGAUAAGAGCAGGACAAGAACAAUCAACAAAGAGUUGCUGCUUGUACAUGCAGACAUAGUUGUGCUAACACUUUCCACCAAAGAUGUUCAGGAAAGCAAAGCUGCACUUGAGAGUUUUGAUCAGGCUUUGCUGGCAGUAAAACCAACUGUGAAUGGAACAGAUGAUUUGUCUUUUACAUUUAAUGAAAUGAGAGGACACUACUACAUGUAUGCAGGAACCCAGCUUCUGAAGAUGGCACAACAUGGAGAAAUUCAUUGGAAGGCUUUGUUAGAACCUGCCAUUUUCUGUUACCUCAUGGCCUUCCAGGUGCCAAGACCAAAAAUCAAACCAAUUAAAGGCGAGGAGAAUGCACAAAGUAUUUUGGAAGGCUUGGCGUGUGAUCGCCUCAGUCAGUCUGGACACUUGCUCUUAUCGUUGUGCAGUGGUAAAGAAGAAUUCAUGAAAGACGUUAUAGAAACAUUUGCCAACCGAAGUGGCCAGUCUAUUUUGCUCAAGUUUUUGUAUGGGGAAAAUCUGACAAUGGAGAAUUCUUUCAUGGGCACCGAUGAAAUCUCAAGUAUCUGCAACCAACCGCCUGACGUAAAUGACCUCUCUCGCUAUGAUCAAGGUGCUGUUCGAAUGCAUGGUGGAAGUCUUCAGCAUUUGGCAUGGCUUGGUUUACAGUGUCAUUACAUGUCUUCUUUACCAACUUUUCGUAAAUGGCUAAAGCAUCUUUUCCCUAGACUGCCUCAGGAAUCCUCAAGGAUUGAUUCUAAUAAUCCCGAAUCUAUUUGCAUUCUUGAUCUUGAGGUAUUUUUAUUGGGAGUGGUCUAUACAAGUCAUCUUCAGUUGCAAGAUAAUUUUAAUACAUCAAAUGACCAGCACCAGCCUCGCUGUCUUCCUCUGCCUAUUUGCAAACAGCUGUUCUCAGACAGACAACGGCUUUGGUGGGAUGCAGUUUACAGUCUUAUUCAUAAGAAAGCUUUACCUGGUACUUCGGCAAAACACCGGCUAGUGAUACAACAGGAUCUUAUUACUCUUAGGGCGAUAGAAAAGCAUGGCCUGCAACCUGCAACUAUUGUACACUGGGCAAGAAGUCUUCUUACAACCGGCAAUGGUCUGAAUUCCUUCUAUGACCAAAGGGAGUACAUGGGACGUAGUGUACACUACUGGAAGAAGGUGUUGCCACUCUUAAACCUGGUUAAGCAAAAAAAAGGUAUUCCUGAACCAGUUGACCCUUUGUUCAAACACUUUCAUAGGAGAGAUAUUAAGAUUUCAGAAGUGGCUGACUUGGAAAAUGAAGCUAAUAUUGCAUUUGCAAAACUGGAUUAUGUAAAUGGAAAGACAGAUGAUGCCAUCCUUGCUUUCGAAGCUAUUAAGAGUGUUGCUUCAUAUUGGAACCUUGCUUUGGUAUACCAACGGAAAGCAGAAGAGCUAGAGGAUGAUGCAUUGUCUUCUGAAGAUCAGGAGGAAUAUCAAAACUGCAUGAAGAAAUGCAAGUUCUAUUUAAUAAAGAUCAUUGAUGAAUGCUCAGCAGAACCUUCGGUAGAAGAAAAGCUCCCCGAACCUUUAGAGGCUGUCAAUAAAAUGCUUGAGUCAGUAAUGCAAAGUCUUCGUGAAGAGAAUGAAGAACACAGCCCUGGCUACAAACACGAUUCCUUUAUCACUGCUUCUGCCAUAAAGCAUUCUACACCAUCGCCAUCAAAAUUCUCUACGUCCCCUAUGAAAACGUUUUCUUCAAAAACACCACCACGUUGGGCUGAAGAUCAAAAAUCCUUGCUUGAGGAUCUCUGUCAUCAAGUUGAGGCAUUGAAAAAAGAAGUCCAGGAACUGAGAAUCAAUAGUUCCACUAUAAAUGCAACUCACCGUUGGCCGGCUGAUGGCUUUAAUUCUGAGACUGUUCCUGAUGGAUAUGCUGGACCCCAGAGUUUUUAUACGGUCCCACUAACAGUUUCCACAACAGGACCCACUGCCUAUUAUGGGCAGUCCCCUGCGUACAAUUCUCAACAACAUCUCUUAAGACCAGCUUCCAGUGUUACUCCCACCAAGGCUCCUGUGUAUGCAAUGAAUAGACUUACUCCUCAACAGCACAUGUAUGCAUACCCACAACAGAUGCAUACUCCUCCCACUCAGAAUUCUGCACCGUGUGUAUUUCCUCAAGAAAUGUACGGGCCACCCUUACGUUUUGAACCUACGGCAACUGGUAUUUUAUCACCACACAGUGAAGAGUAUUAUAACUACCCAAUUCCCCAAACCAAUACUAAUCCUCCACUGCCUGAGCCAGGUUAUUUCACAAAGCCUUCUGUUGGUCCUCAACCAUCCAAGUCAGAAGGUCCAAAAGUCGUGGAGUUUGGGAAAACAUGCUAUGGUCCAGUGCCAAAUGAAGGGCCUAAACCACCUAAUUUUAGUGGACCACUGCAGUCGACCCCAGCAUCAUCUACCUUCAAGUUUAACUCCAACUUUAAAUCAAAUGAUGGAGAUUUUACAUUUUCAUCAUCUGAUAACGCUUGUCUAAUAAAGUUAUUGACAUCUGACAAACCAAUGCAGGAUCAAGGGAAAAAAUCUUCCAGCUUUGAGAACACUAGUGAUGUGAAAAACCUAUUCCAAUUUUAUGACAAAGGUUUUUCAAGCAAUACUGCUCAGAUUUCAAAUCAGGAUAAAAGUUCUGCCACCUUGGGUCAAGGUGACAACCCAUUUAGUUUCCAGACAUCUGGAAAAUCAACAUUUGUACCUCCUACUUUUGGCACCCAAAGUAAAGAUGCCCACAAUCAAAGUGUAGAGUCUGAUGCUGGAAGCGAACUGGUACCGGAAGACGAUGGCCCACACUUUGAGCCUGUUGUACCAUUACCAGAAAAGAUUGAAGUAAAAACUGGUGAAGAGGAUGAAGAGGAAAUGUUUUGUAACAGAGCAAAACUUUUCCGGUUUGAUGCUGACACUAAAGAGUGGAAAGAGAGGGGUGUAGGAAAUGUCAAGAUUUUAAGACACAGAGUCUCUGGCAAAAUACGUCUUCUGAUGAGGCGUGAGCAGGUAUUAAAGAUUUGUGCAAACCACUACAUAAAUGCAGAUAUGAAGUUGAAGCCAAAUGCUACAUCUGAUAAGUCAUAUGUGUGGCAUGCUUAUGACUAUGCUGAUGAAAUGCCCAAGUCAGAACAGCUUGCUAUCCGCUUUAAAACAGUUGACGAAGCAGCACACUUUAAAAACAAAUUUGAAGAGGCACAAAAACGUCUGGCAGAGGCAGAAGCAAGUAGCCCUCCAAAGAUGGCCCCUAGUGAUGCCUCUAAGCCGACCGCAGCCAUUCCUUUUGGAUCACAAUUUAUCAUCAAAGAAGGAGAAUGGCAGUGCAAUGUUUGCCUCGCAAAGAAUACCAAAAUCACUGCAGCAUGUGUGUGCUGCCAAACUCCAAAUAGCUCAGGAAAACCAAUUUCUGCUCAAGACACUAAAUCAAAACCUGUAAAAAACCAAUCAAGCAUACCUACAUUGGCUUUCACUUUCAGUAAAGACACGGUAACCAACAAGAUUUCAUUUGGUGAUCCUCCUAAAGACAAGGAGCAUUGGCAAUGUUCUUUAUGUUCAAAGAAGUAUGAUGCAUCUACCAAACAGUGCACUGUUUGUCAAAAUCCAGGCCAGAGCUCAUCCAAAAAAAUGGAUGGUUUUGGAUCAGCCUUUGCUAAGAAAACUGGUCAGUGGGAUUGUUCUGUGUGCUUGGUAAGAAAUGAGCCAACUGCAAACAACUGUGUUUCAUGCAUGAAUCCAAACCAGGCUAGUAAUGCACAAUCUACAAUACCAUCGCCAGCUACUUUUAAGUUUGCUUUAUCUGAAAAUAAUCAACAAAAAGAAUUUGGAAUUAUCCUUGGAAAGAAGGAAGAUAAUUCAGAAUGCAAGGACAUCGCAACCAAAAUGCAGUUUGGGGAACCGUUUAUUAAGAAGAAUGAGCCCUGGCAAUGUACUUCAUGUUCACAGAAGAAUGAUUCAACUGCCAAACAAUGCAGUUUUUGUCAAAAUCUAGAUCAAUGUUCUUCCAAAAAAGCUGAUGGCUUUGGAGCAGCCUUCAUUAAGAAAGAAGGUCAGUGGGAUUGUUCUGUGUGCUUGGUAAGGAAUGAACCAUCUGAUGCAAAUUGUGUUUCAUGCCAGAACCCAAAUCAGGCUAGUAAUGUGCAGCCUACUGUGCCAUCAGCCCCUUUCAAGAUUAAUGCUUCACAAAAAGACUUGGGCACCCUCUUUGCAAAGAAGGAAGGACAGUGGGAUUGCAAUACAUGCUCUGUGAGAAAUGAAGCCACAGCUUUUAAGUGUGUGUCAUGUUCCAGUCCUAAAACGGCUCCAAUUAAUGUAACAGUACCUUCUGUUAUAGCGUCAUCAGGUUUCAAGUUUGGUACAACUGCUGUUGUGAGCAAACCUCCCAGCAGUAAUACUUUGGAAGCCAUGUUUGCUCGAAAAAAUGACCAAUGGGAUUGUAACAUAUGCCUUGUUAGAAAUGAGGAUUCAGCAGCUACUUGUGUUGCUUGCCAGUCUCCAAAUCCAAAUGUUAAAACUGGCACAACAUCUAGUUCGACAAAAACAGACUUUACGUUUGGCAUUACAAAUAAUAUGUCUGAGCCCUCUGGACAAACUGCUGCAGAUUUCAAAUGUAACUUUGCUGGAAAAGAUUUUAAGUUUGGCAUUACUGAAACAAAAGCUUCAUCUUUUUCUUUCAAAGCACCUGUUGAAGAAACAAAGCCUGCAAAAGGUUUUAGCUUUGUAAUGCCAGCAAAUUCUGCUUCAUUUAAGUUUGGCAUUACAGAACCAAACAAGAGCGACCAAAAAGCAAAAGAAACUUCCAAUGGAUUAACAAGUACAGUUAUUGGAGAAGUAAAGCUGUCUGUUGCCCCAGCUGAAAGUGGUACAAAAUGUGAGGAAAGCAAGCAAGAGCAAACUGAUGUAAUAAUUGGACAGAGUGUGGUUAGCUCUACCUUUUCAGACCUUGCCCAAGUUUCAACUGCCGAAGGUUUUGCAUUUAACACUGAUCCACGUUUUAAAGGUUUCUCUCGGGCAGGAGAAAAGUUAUUUGUCACAAACGAUAAAAGUGAUCAAGGUAAUACAUCUGUUGAGCAGGAGACUCCAGAGGAACUUUAUAAAACAGAUGACCGUGAUGACAUCCAUUUUGAACCUAUUGUGCAGCUUCCUGACAAAGUAGAUCUUGUCACUGGUGAAGAAGACGAGAAGGUACUCUAUUCACAGAGAGUUAAAUUAUUCAGGUUUGAUGCCGAGAUAAGCCAGUGGAAAGAACGAGGAGUGGGUUUAUUAAAAAUUCUUAAAAAUGAAGUAAAUGGAAAACUAAGAAUGCUUAUGCGUCGAGAACAGGUGUUGAAAGUUUGUGCAAAUCACUGGAUAACUACAACUAUGAAUCUGAAACCUCUAUCUGGCUCUGAUCGAGCCUGGAUGUGGAUGGCCAGCGACUUUUCUGAUGGAGAUGCCAGAUUAGAACAGUUGGCAGUAAAAUUUAAAAAUCCUGAGCAGGCCGAAGAGUUCAAGAACAAGUUUGAAGAAUGUCAGCGUUUACUUUUAGAUAUACCACUGCAGACGCCCCAUAAGCUUGUAGACACUGGAAGAACUGCCCACUUGAUACAGAAAGCUGAAGAAAUGAAAAGUGGCUUGAAAGAUCUCAAAACAUUUCUAACAGAUAAAGUCAAACCUCAGGAUGAAGGGGAUGCAUGUGUGAGCAGCUCUACUGGUCUACUGAAAAACAAACCUGUUGAAGGCUCAGAGGCAACAUAUGAGUGGGAUACAUAUGACAUGAGAGGACACUCACUAGAAGGAAACUUGGAUGACUCUGUGUAUGCUUCUCCAUUGGCAGAGAGCCCAGAGAAGGAAAAUCUCUUUCGCUUUGGAGAAUCCACAGCUGGUUUCAGCUUCAGUUUCCAACCAUCUCCAAGUCCGUCCAAGUCUCCAACUAAGCUUAAUCACAGCAGGGUUUCUGUGGGAACCGAUGAAGAAUCUGAUGUAACUCAAGAAGAAGAAAGAGAUGGACAAUACUUUGAACCUGUUGUGCCGUUGCCUGAUUUAAUUGAAGUCACUAGUGGUGAAGAAAAUGAACAGACACUUUUCUGCAAUAGAGCCAAGUUGUACAGAUUUGAGAAAGAUGCUAAUCAGUGGAAAGAAAGAGGAAUUGGAGACUUAAAGAUAUUACAAAACUUUGAGAAUAAAGCUGUCAGAGUGGUAAUGAGAAGAGAUCAAGUACUGAAACUUUGUGCUAAUCAUCGCAUUACUCCAGAAAUAAGCUUACAGCCUAUGAAAGGGGCUGAAAGAGCAUGGGUAUGGACUGCAUUUGACUUUACAGAAGGAGAGGGGAGAAUGGAACUUUUUGCUGUACGUUUUAAACUUCAGGAUGUUGCUGAUCUCUUCAAAGAAGUCUUUGAAGAAGCAAAAGGAGCACAGGCUAAUGACUCUUUACUAAUACCAUCUUCCUCUCGUGUGACAACACCAAAAGCAUUGCCAUGUGGAAAAGCUGCAGUGGCCAUUUUGGAAGAAACUACAAGAGAGAGAACUGAUCAACAGAAGACUGAAAGUGAUCAGAAUUCUGAAACUGAGCCUGAGCCUGUAUUAAGUCCAUCAGAGAAGUCCUCAAAAGCUGUAGUUUCUCCUCCAAAGUUUGUAUUUGGGUCUGACGUUGUGAAGAAUAUAUUUGGUACAGAGAAGCCAAAGCAUUUCACAUUUGGCAAUACAGCAACAGCAGGGACAUUGUUUGGAUUCAGUUUUAAUGCUUCAAAGACUGAAACUAGUGAAGAGCAAGAACAAGAUGCAGAACCUGCACCAAGUAAUCUAGAGUUGACACCAACAGUUGCCAGUCAGAAAACACAGAUUGGUGCUCGAACGCCAUCCCAAAGCAAUGUGCAAAAUUCUACAGUUUCCUCAUCCGGAUCAUCUGCUUUGAAACAGCCCAUGCCAGCAAGAGAUAAGAAUGACAGUACUUCGACAGCAGAAAGUACUUCUGAUGUGGAAAUAGUCUAUGAACUGACUCCAACCCCAGAGCAGCGAGAAUUGGCAGAAAAACUGCAGCUCCCUCCUACCUUCUUCUGCUACAAAAACAAGCCAGGCUAUUCCAGCGAUGAAAGUGAAGUUGAUGAUGAAGACUUUGAUACUGCUGUGAAGAAAUUAAAUGGACAACUUUAUCCAAAAAGUUUAAAAGAAAAGGCAUCCCCAAUAUCAGGUUCCUGCCAAACAUCCUCUACUGAGUCCUGGAAAGACGAUGCGAAAAUUGGGAAGUCAGAAGCAGAUAACAGAAUACCACCUUCAGCAUUGUUCUCUGACAUGAGCAGUAUUACAGACAAGAAAAAAGAGCACUCUGAAGACAUUCAAUCAGCCGUUAGAAAAGUUGAGGAGGCUGAAAAACCAAAAGAAGAUGAAGUGAGUAGUACAUCUGAUGUAAUUGAUGCACCUGAAGUCGCCACUUUACAUCAAUUAAAACAAGAGGUGGAUUCUACUACAGAACCUGUAGAUCUUUCAUCCAAGUAUGAAAAUGAAAAGACAGAGUCUAGCAGCAAAGGUGUGUCAAACAUCAGUUUUUCCUUUGGGUUAAAUUCUGGUCCAGGGUUAUCGUUUGCCGAAUUAGCAUCUAAUAAUUCAGAAGAGUUUGCAUUUGGUUCUAAAGAUACAGGGUUUCAGUGGGCAAACACUGGUGCUGCCGUUUUCAGCUCUUCAGCAGUGACUCGAACAGCCGAAGAUGGAGAAGACUGUAACGAAGAAGUUGUUCACAGUGACGAUGUUUACUUUGAGCCCAUUGUAUCUUUGCCAGAGGUUGAAGUAAAGUCUGGAGAAGAGGAUGAGGAGAUUCUUUUCAAAGAAAGAGCAAAGCUGUACCGUUGGGACAGGGAUAUCAAUCAGUGGAAAGAAAGAGGAGUAGGGGAGAUAAAAAUUCUGUUUCACCAUGAAAAGAAAUAUUACCGUGUUCUAAUGAGGCGGGAACAAGUCCUGAAAGUGUGCGCCAACCAUGUGAUUUCAAAAGCCAUAAAGCUUAGUCCUCUAAAUACAUCAAACAAUGCUUUAGUCUGGACAGCAACAGACUAUUCUGAUGGUGAAGGUAGAAUUGAACAGUUUGCUGCCAGAUUCAAAAACCAAGAGUUGGCCGAUUCUUUCCAGAGAAAGUUUGAGGAAUGCCAGCAGAUUUUGCCAGAUCAGCCGGAUGAUUCUUCAUGAAGACAACCGAUCUACAAUUCCACACACAGACUAUUCUUAUUAAACACAUUGCAAACUGAACAAAAACACUUUUCUGUCCACGUAUGUUGAUUAUAUCUUAUCCUGGCUGAAUUUGCAGUGGUCUAUAAAUCUUUGCUAGGUUUAUAUUCUGUUCAUGGUAAUUGCUCUAUUCUGAUAUCAAUAUAUUGUUCUGAAUAACCAGUUGUGGUAUAGUCUUUUUCCUGAUAUAAUGGGCAAUUGUGGUGUAGGCUCUUAGUAGCUUCUCAGAUUGUGUUUAUCAACUAGGUGCUACUCCUGAAUUAUGUCCCAUCUACGUUCAUUUCCUGCAUAUCUCAAUUGCACAUAGUUCAACUGUAGAGCCUAAUCUUUGCUCAUUUCUAAAGAGUAAGCCUCAAGUGGAUGGGUUAUUCUCUUGUGAUGUGUAUUAAAGAAUAAGUAAAACUUUGCUCCUUGGUUGAGCAUCUUCUAAAAUAUGAUCAAACUUUUCUUAAUUAACCUAAUGAAAAUAAUUAAAUGGGUUUAAAUUUGUGUGCUUUUUCAUAUGCAAGCAAAUAUUUUUUAAAUGUUAGUGUUGUAAAUAAAGUUUGACCUCUGUGACAAACUGUUACAUUUCCUUUUGACAAAUCCAUUCAAAUGAGUCUUACAAGGUUCUAAAUACAUUUAGAUGCAAAGUGUUGUAACAUUACUACAGAGUGUUAGUGUCUCUAACCUGUGUUA